AUGUCAUCGCACACAUGCGCUAAAGUUGCCAUUAUUGGUGCCGGUCAGGUCGGAUCCACUACAGCUUACACUUUACUUUUAAGCAAUUUAGUUGCCGAAGUUGUUUUAAUAGAUGUUGACAAGAGAAAGGUCGAAGGUCAAUUCAUGGACCUGAACCAUGCAGCUCCAUUGACAAAGGAAUCAAGAUUUAGUGCGGGAGACUAUGAAAGCUGUGCUGGGGCCGCAGUCGUAAUUGUAACGGGUGGAGCUAAUCAAAAACCGGGGCAAACGAGGAUGGAGCUGGCUGCCAGAAAUGUCAAGAUAAUGCAAGAGAUUAUCCCCAAGAUAGUCAAGUACGCUCCUAAUGCAAUUUUACUCAUCGCCACAAACCCAGUCGAUGUGUUGACAUACGCCAGUUAUAAGCUUUCUGGGUUCCCAGCCAGUAAAGUCAUCGGUUCUGGUACUGUUCUCGACUCUGCUCGCUUGCAGCAUAAUCUGAGUAAGCAUUUCAACUUGUCAUCUGAAAGCGUAAAUGCUUUUAUCAUUGGAGAGCAUGGGGACUCCGGUGUACCGGUUUGGUCGCUUGCUGAAAUUGCUGGUAUGAAAGUAGAGGACUAUUGCAAACAGUCGAAGAGAGAGUUUGAUCCUAAAAUUUUGAUAGGAAUGUAUGAAGAAACUCGUGAUGCGGCAGCCUAUAUUAUUGAGCGCAAAGGUUACACUAAUUUUGGAAUUGCCGCUGGAUUGGCUAGAAUUGUGAGGGCCAUCCUGAGAGACGAGGGAGCUCUGCUGACCGUGUCUACUGUGAAUGAGCAUUAUGGUAUGAAGGACCUCUCCUUAAGUGUUCCGACACGGGUGGACAGAAACGGGGCUCAACAUGUCGUCGAUCUUUUACUGGAUGACAAGGAGUUGAAAUUGAUCAAAGAGUCUGGACAUAAGAUCAAAUCAGCUUGUGAUGAGCUAGGCAUUUAG